CACGUCCGACGAACGAUCGCAGUUGCAAACAGAAGAUUACUAUUAGUGUUCCAACGUUCGCUGAACUCGUCUUGCGAAAAUCCACUGCAUAUUCAAUCGCCAACAUGAACCGUCUGUCGAUCGUAUUGGUUAUCGCAUUGGUCGGAUACUCACUGGGUGCACCGGGAUACGGUGGUGGAAGCCAUGAACACGGUGGACACCAAGUACACGAAGGACAUAGUGAACACAGAGAAGAACAUGAUGAGAACAAAAAAGAACAUGAUGAACACAAAGGUGAAUUUGAUGAACACAAAAGAAGGACAUGAUGAACACAAAGAAGGACAUGAGGGGCACAAAUAUGGUGGACACAAGGAAGAAACAUGAUGUACACACAUAUGGUGGACAUGAUUUUUGGUGGACACAAAGAUAAAUUUGAUGGACAAAAAGAAUAUGGUGGACACAAAGAAGAACAUGAUGUACACAAAAAUGGUGAACACGACUUUAGUGGGCACAAAGAAGAACAUGGUGGACACAAAGAAAAAUAUGAUGUACAUAAAGAGGAACACGGUGGGCAUAAGGAAGAAUAUGGCGGACACAAAGAAGUACACGAAGGACACAAAUAUGGUGAACACGACUUUGGUGGACACAAAGAAGAACAUGGUGGACAUAAGGAAGAAUAUGUUGGACACAAAGAAGAACAUGAAGGACAUAAAUAUGGUGGUCAUGACUUUGGUGAACACAAAGAAGAACAUGAAGGACAUAAAUAUGGAGGACAUGACUUUGGUGGACAUAAAGAAGAACAUGGUGAGCAUAAGGAAAAAUAUAGCGGACACAAAGAAGAACAUUGUGGACACAAAGAAGAGCAUGAUAGUCACAAGUAUGGGGAACACGACUUUGGUGGACACAAAGAAGAACAUGGUGGACACGAUUUUGGGGGACACAAGGAAGAAAAUGGUGGACACAAAGAAGAGCAUGAUGGUCACAAGUAUGGGGGACACGACUUUGGUGGACACAAAGAAGAACAUGGUGGACACGAUUUUGGGGGACACAAGGAAGAAAAUGGUGGACACAAAGAAGAGCAUGAUGGUCACAAGUAUGGGGAACAUAGCUUUGGUGGACACAAAGAACAACAUGAUGGACACAAAUAUGGGGGACACAAAGAAGAAAAUGGUAGACACAAAGAACAUGAACACCAUAGUGGACAUAAAGAACAUGAACACCAUGGUGGACAUAAAGAACAUGAAGAACAUGGCAGUCAUCACGGUGGUGGUCAUUACUAAAACUUCAAUUACAUCGUUAAUAUCAUCCGAUCCCUGAAUUCACAAUUUUAUGGGACGUACAACUUAAAUGUCAUCUUAUAAUAUUAUUUAUUAAUUAUUAUUUAUUGCUAAAUUGAAAAUUUGAUAUAUGUAAAUUUUAUUAUAAUACUGUACCUAAACAUUAUUAUAUAAGAUUUCGUGAUCUAAAGAUUAGAACAGUUCCAAUUAAACAUUUUUUUUUUUUAUAAAAAA